CACAGGUAAAUUACACCUGCCUAACCGACAUAUACCGCUCCCUGAGCCAACAUGGCCGCGCCAUAGAUGCUAUCCGAUAUAUUUAUUGUUAUGUUUGCUGUUUAAUUCAAAAUUCAUCGGCCUCAACGUUAUUUUUAGUCAGCGCAAUGCAGGCAAUCUUCCUGACGGCGGCGCUGGGAACACUGUUUGCCGAAGUGGCAAGCAUCAACGUGCAGAAGUGCUUCGAAUGCUCGUACGGUAACCCGUACGGGCGCAACUACGAUCCGUACGCCUACGGCAGCAGCAGCGGCGGCCAGGUCGGCUACGACAAUCGCAUCGGCGUCGCCGACGAGGCGUACGACAAGUACGACAAGUCGCGCGAGCGGCAGACGGGCCAGCGCGGUGACAGGCAGCCGCAGGUGGCGGGCGCGGCACCGACCGGACAGCGCGACAAGUACGACGGCACGCAGUGGAGCUCGUGGCGCUCGACCUACUACGAGCACGACGACCAGAACAAGUGGUUCAGCGCCAUCGUCAACAGCGAGCAUUUGUUGUUAGUGAACCAUCUCAAGUGUGACGAACCACCCGAUCUGGAGACGUGGGACGAGGGCAUGAUAAAACGAGACUGCGCUGGACCGUGCGUAAAGGCAACGACAAGAAUAAAAGGUGUAAAGGUCGUUAAACGAUAUUGCCAUCUGCGCACGACUUCAGAUCAGAUCGACUGGAGAAAGAGAGACCAGUACGGAUGUGCUGACGAGCUCGUAUCUGGCUACAUGACCAGCUUGUGCUACUGUCAAACCGACCUCUGCAACGGUUCAGAGCGCAUGCACGGGCUUUUGUGCAUCGCUAUCGGCCUUAUCGCUGUAAUUCUUAGGUAGCAACUCUCGUUCGCGUGUUAUCGCAGGAUAUUGUAAGAAGACGGUUUUAUCGAACUAAGAAUGCAUUCGCGGCUGUAUAGUUUUGUACUUUUACAUGCAUUCGUACGUUCAUCGUUGUAUACGUUUUAACUCGAUUUCAUUAACGUGAUCUAUAUGGAGUAUAUGUACAUGCGCUCUUUUUUUAAUAUAUCCUGCAAUAUUUUUAGGCAACAUUUAGUGGUGAUUGGUUGGAGUAUAAUCAUCGAGAGUGAUGUGAGUUUAAGCGGGGGUGUUUAGACCCUACGUAGUUUUAACCUGCAUCACAAACGUCUCUGUUGAUGUACCUCCAAUAAAAAAAAAUUACUUGUAAACGACUAGAUGUAGAAUGAAGAAUAGAUCUGAACUAAUGUGAGGUACUAUCGCACACGUUUCACACAUUGCAUUUCUCGUGUUCAUAUAUGUACGUCGCUUACCGGACACCUUUCCAGUUAUUGUAAAUUUCUGUAGAUUUAUUCCACGUGAUGUGUGCACGUAUGAAUUCACGCUGAAUAAAAACAGUUUCACAUACCUA